GAACAGAGAGUUAGCGAGAGAACACACUCUUUGAACUAAUAAAUAUAUCUCUUCAUUUAGAUUGUGGCGUGGUGCUGUUUCCACCGCUGGUCGUGCUAUGAUUAUAAAUGUAGCUGAGAUGCCAACAUACUCACAGGCUAAAACCGUUCUUCCGGACAGCAACUUAUUACAACAAGGUUUACCCUCGCAUUUCACAGCAUCAAUGAUUGCGGCACUAGUUACGACAGAUGUUUCACUUUCUGUUGAUAUCGUUCAAACAAGGUAG